GAAAUAGAAAGGUGGGGGGGAAACUCAAUUGACAAGUUCCCACAACAGCAACACAAAGGGCUCCGUUGGUUUGGAACUUUCCUCUUGUAUACACACAUACACACACACACACACACACACGCACUCCCUGCAAACCGAGAAAGGGGACAAAGGAUGAGUUUGCUUUCUGCAAUCGACACCAGCGCUUCGGUGUAUCAGCCAGCCCAGCUCCUGAACUGGGUCUAUCUGUCUCUUCAGGAUACCCACCAACCCAGUGCCUUCGAUGCUUUCAGACCCGAGCCGGCAACCCACCACCAGGAUCUCAACUAUGCCAAAGCUGCUGACCUGGGGACUUCGCUCUGUUCCAACUAUCUCAACAACUUUUCCCAGCUGCACAGGAACGAGCCUAUUAGCAGUGGAUUGUACAAGAGCGCUUCUCCCUAUGGUUCUCUGAGCAACAUCGUGGAUGGCCUGAGCUCAUUGACGGACCACUUCUCGGAUCUAUCCCUGUCGGCGGAACCUCGCAAACCUGGCAAGAGGCCCCCACCCAACUAUUUAUGCCACCUCUGCUUCAACAAAGGACAUUACAUCAAGGACUGUCCCCAGGCUCGUCCCAAAGGAGAAGGGUUGACUCCCUACCAGGGAAAGAAACGCUGCUUCGGUGAAUACAAGUGCCCCAAGUGUAAAAGGAAAUGGAUGAGUGGAAACUCCUGGGCCAACAUGGGCCAAGAAUGCAUCAAGUGCCACAUCAAUGUUUACCCCCACAAGCAGAGGCCCUUGGAGAAACCUGACGGUUUGGAUGUGUCAGAUCAGAGCAAGGAGCAUCCUCAGCAUCUGUGUGAGAAGUGCAAGGUUCUGGGCUAUUACUGUCGCCGGGUGCAGUGAGUGGCCUGCCGAUGUUUGUGACCACCGCCAUCAGCACCCCUAACCCACCCACCCACCUGUCUCCCUCUCCCAACGUUUGAGAGUCCUUAAACCACACUCAGCUGAAUGAGAAUUCACCAAAACCGUGCUCUAAACCGACAACUAAUAAGCCUUAAAUUUGGUAGAAUGUGACUCUUGCCUGUGUAUGUGUAUAUUUCCAGGUUCUAUUUCCAGGUUGUAUUUAUAGUAUUAUUAACUACCAGAAGCAGUAUUACCAAUGGCAGUUUAAAAUGGCACCUUAAAUGGCGUGUCUUGCCUACUCUUUGUUUACAGAAACUUUGUACCAUGAACAACUGCAAAGGGGGAGAACAUACUGGGCUUCAAGGCUGAUACUUUAAACCAAUCCCCUGCCGUGCCAUUACCAAUCAUUAAGCCAAUAGCACAAGUCUGUUUGCUGUGAAAUGUCACAUGGCAUGCAAACUUUGACCCACCCCCUCUAGUUCUUUGUUUUCUGAAAGCUGAUAAGCAUCAGUAUUAGAAUCGUAAAAAUAUAAAAAAUGGUUAUUGGCAAGUGAUGUCAGUGAUGACUGACAAUAUGUGUCUGGUAUUGUAGGGAGUUGAGAGUAGGAUGAAAUGUAGACUCAAGAAUCGAGAGUCAUGGUUAACUCUAUAGAGUACUGAUUAAUAUUUCCGUACAGUGUGCCAAUGGCGAUAACUUCGGGUCUCCCAUUAAACAAAAGUGGAGCGCCUGCAAAUUAAGAUACUGUAAGAAUUUUUAUAUCCCUUCAUUAAUUUAAUCACCAAACACUAAGUGCCUUUAACUCAGUUUUUAAAAACAAUAUUUUCCUUCCUGUCAUUUUAAAAUUAGUGUUGUUUCCAUCUUUUGACUUCAUAUGUUUGGCACCACGUUUCAUCUAGGCUGGGAUCUCGUUCACCUUUUCUCCAGUAGGGCUUUGUGAUUCGCCACUAAGCGGUUCAAGGCAGCAACCUUGGACCAGUCCUCAGCUUAAGUAGGUGUCUUGGGUAUCUUUUGGGUGUGUGGAGGGAGGGAGGGGGUUCAGGAUGGAUUGUGCAUUGAACCUCAGCAUCUCAGUCUACUGGUCCAUCUCUCCCUCCUUAAAUAUGGGAAAGUUCUCCCACUAGGUGAUGCAUACUUGUCCCCUCAACCCUCACCACCAGUACAUACCUCACAUACAGGCUCUGUCCCAGUGCAAGGAUGUUUCAUAAUCAUUUCAACACUGGAGUAACCCAAAAGUUGAUUAACAAAGCCUGAGAACCACCCAUACCCCCCCCCCCCCACCAACCAGACUUCUGAAAGCCCAAUGUUAAUGCUAGAUUUUGUGAUGUAAAGGAGCAUUAGUGACCAAUCAGAUGACCUCCCGGAAUACUAAUUUCUGCCCACACUUCCAGAGAGACACAGAUUUAUUUCACAGAUUGUACAUCUCAUUGUUUUGUGACAGAUCUUUCAAGUCACAGAGGUAAAUUUUAGUGUCAUGUGCUUUCUUAAAAAGUUGUCAAAGGCAAAGACAACAAUCUGUAAAUAGCAACACACACACAAAAUGCUGGAGGAACUCAGCAGGUCAGGCAGCAUCCAUGGAGGAAGAUAAACAGCCAACAUUUCAGCUCGAGACCCUUCACCAGGACUGGAAAGGAAGAGGGCAGAGUGUGUUGCUCCAGAUUCCAGCAUCUGCAGAAUCUCUUGUGAAUCUGUCAAUAGCAAUUGACUUUUGAUUUACCAAAGGUGGCACUGGUGUGACCUUAGAGACACCAAGGUGAAUAUAGUGGUGCGUUAUCAGAAAGACAAAAUUGUAGUCAGUAACAAAUGCUUAUUGCACUGACAUUUACCGACAGAAUUUUUGUCGGCUUUUAAACUGAAACUGAUUGAUUGGGAAUCCAGUGUCCCAUAUGGAUACAUGAUUCUCUUCUGCAAGGGAUCUGGCAUAUGUGUGUGAACAAGGAAAGCUGCUGGGUCUCCUUAACCAAUCAGAUUGGAGGCUCUUUAACUAUUCCAAAGUGUAAACUGUAGGUUAGAACUUGGUGUCAAACUUUUACAGAAAGUGCAAUAAAGAAAAGGAAUGAAAGGCAAGAUUAGAUUAGCAAGAAUUAAAAGAAACUGAAAAAAUGUUUUUCAAGAAUUAUUUAAGUAAGUUAAUUGUCUUAAAAUCUCCAAUAAUAUUUUUUUUUAAUUUAAAGUCUAAAUUAAUGAAACUCCACAGUCGCAGAAGCUAAUUUUUUAGAGUCAGAGAGGGGGUUUAUCUGUAAUUAUUUCAUAACAUGCCGUGAAAAGUCUUACAUUGAAUAGACAAGCCCUAAUCUUCUCCGGCCAGUGUUUUAGCUAUCACAUCAGGGAAUACCCUGUUACAGGGCGUCCAGUCAGUUCUUCUUUAAUAUGAAGUUUGAACUCCUUGGAAAAAUGCCCGUUAUCACUGCUCAGAAUAAAGGGCCUCUCCCCGAGUCCCAGUGAAACACAGAAAACCAUUUUUUCACUUGCAUAGCUCACUGAGAUCUCCUCACACACUGUGGUUAUAGCUCGAUGACAACAGCAGAUGCCUUACACGUUCUUGCUGCAAUAUAGGUAUAAUGUUGGAAGUUCACAGUCGGUCAGUCAGCGCCUGUAAUGAGAAAUUUCAACGUGUAAUUUUUUAAGAUAUAUCCUCUAUCUGAAGAUUUGCAGAUAAAUAAGCUUUAGCUUCUCCUUCCUACACGCUCUCUCGCUUCCUAUGUUCUUCUGUUACUGAAAUAGCUCUUUAUAUUUCAGAUUGGUGCUGAUCAUAUUUCUGCAUGGACAUCCUAUGAACAUUUGCUAUCUUUAUAGGACUCUUAGUUGAAAAAAAGCCAUUUUUAUUUGGUCCAAGGAUGGGGAGAGGGGUUGACUGUUAGGAAGUAAAUUCAUGCUCCAUCCCCAAUCUCCUUGGGAAGUACACACCAUUCCCCAGGAAACCAGCCCCUUCUCGUUAAUGGCACUUUUGAGAGAGCUGAUAGUCAGCACGAGGCAGUGGCUCUGUCUCAUUGUUACCGCAUAAUCUAGCGCAUCGAUUGAGACCUCAGGAAUGAAGAAUCACAAGUGCAGGCCCUUGUCCACUCACCCGGUGAUGCUGUGACAGUUCAACGUGGGCAGACGUAUGUUACUGUUAUCUGAAAUGACACGUGGAGAGCCCUGGCCUUGCCUAUGGUCGAGGAGGCUGUAUAAUUGAACAGGCAAUGCAUUGGGUAACAAAGAUUGCUUACGUUAUUGCCAGAAACCUUCCUGCUGAUAGCCAGAUUAGGGAUAAAAUAUCCUAGCCGAGGCUCAGAAGCUCUCAUCUAUACCACUUGUACCUGAGAUCAUAGAGUCAUUCAGCAAAGGAACACCAUGGCACACCAUGGCCAUGCCAACCAUCAAGUACUCAUCUAUAUUAAUCCCAUUUGCCAGCACUUGAUCCAUAGCCCUCCAAGUCUUGGUGAUUCUAGUACUCAUUGAGAUAGUUCUUAUACCUUUCCCACCCCAGACGGACAUGUGUAAAUGCAACACCGCCCCUACUCCCAAAAUACGUGACUGACUAGUAGCAACAAGCACAAAGCCCACCAACCCAACACCUACCCACCCCCACAUCUUUUCCCCUCUCCCUCUUGAAAAUGGCAGGAGGAGUCAGGGCUUAACACUUCCAAAGGGUGAGAGGUUAUCAGCUGAUGUAAAUCACCCGACGAUCCAACAUGCAGCCUCUCUGAAAAGUGGCGCCUGAUCAGCCUAAAGAGUAAGCCUUUAAGGUGUUCAUUUGUGGUGGACUGUAGUUGUUAAAAAUGCUAAUGACUUUUGGCAGACCUCUCAGAAAAAUAAAGGGUUGUCUGGACCUCGGGCACUUUACCCUUGGACCUUGAAAUGAAACAGACAGCAGGAGUGCAGAGAUGGAGACUGGGUCCAAUCACCUGCACCUUGCUGUUGACAGAAAUAUUAAGUCACUCCCUAAAGGGUUAACCAAGAGAGACCUGUCAGGAAAUUGACAAGAAACAUAUACACUAGUAUGUGAGUAUGUAAGUGAGGUUUUCAAGGGACAAUCAAUUGAAAGAACAGUUUGGAGUUUUUAGCUAUAUUGGAUAUAUUUACCCAUAUAUGAAUUGUGCUUACUGAUGUAUUUAUCUUAAGUAUUACUUGACUAUAGUCCUCUUUGUUUGGAUUUUUUUAUACUAUGUGUGUAUUUUGGAAAUCUUCUAGAUGUUAAAAAUUUUAAUGUUAACAAAUAUUUCUUAUAAAGCCAAGUUCAUAUCUGUCCAAGUUCCUGUUUAUCUUUGCAGUAACCUUUUUGUAUAUAUUCAAGGGGCAUAGGUUUUGGGCCCCUCCAUUCUAAUGGGGCCUUUUGUUUUGAAAUGAUGUGGAUUUUCAAAAAACAAGUCUCUCAAGACCUUUUCUACUAAAUUACUAACACAGCUGAGAUUUUUCUUGAAUAUUUUACAAACCAAGGUUAUAAACAGAAGAAAAUAUUAUUUAUCUGAGAAAAUUCUUUUUUUUCUACAGUUCAUUGUCUGUAUAAAGUAUGCAACAGAAAUAAUCUGACUAGGAAGGUAAAUAAUGUUAAACAGAUGAUUAUUGUAUGAAAGUUGGUACAUAAUUCUUGGGGGAAGAUGAAAUAAACCCACACAAUUCUUGAAGCCAUAUAUAAAAUCAGGAUGAAAAUAUUAUCAGUAUUAAUUAGCCUGCAUUUAUUCCAGUGUUUAAACUAAUUUUACUUUGUUUUACUAAUGCAUUACAUUUAUAUAUGUGUAUUUUGGGAAAUAACUGACCUAAGUAGCAGUUUUAGGUUGUUCAAAGUAACACGUAACUGUUCUUCAUCUUUUACCAAGAAAGGCAAAAUUACUGUUCUGUGGAGGAAUGUGCAUAUUGUUGUAUUGUGAGCAUUUACAUGAUUGCUACUAUUUAGUUGAGGGACAAAUUAGUUGUUUUGUUAGCAAAAACACUCUGUGCUACCAGAAGAUACGAAACACAUUUGGUUUUAUUUUAUAUAAAAAGAGUAAAAGCCAGAAAGGAGUGAUUUUUAGAUAUUUAAUUGGUAGAUGGAAAUUCACCACUGUGCAACUGUGAAACUGUGAGUUAGAUUCGUACGCUGGGACACUAGUGUAUGCAAGAGCCCUGUGCCACAGAACCAAUAAGGAAUCGAUGGUGUCAGAGGCUGCCAGCAACUGUGUUCUGUGGCAAUGAUGCAGGCUCAAAUUAGAGAAACCCUGUAGACAUACGACUGUACCAUUCGACCGCCGUGUGAUAGGGUAGACUGUGCAUGUACAUUGCUUGGCCAGAUAACUGGGAGCAUUUAAAGCCUUUUAUUUUUAAUCAUAGCCUUACUGAAAGCAUUAGAAUUUUAAUGAAUGCUGAGGAAGUUUGCGGAAAAAAACGUACUUGAACCUAAUAUGCUGAAGGAUUCUUUAGGAAAAAGCUCUUCACUACAUUUUUUUUUACAUAGAUGUAUUACACUGACUAAUACUGUGUCAAGCAUUCUCGGGUGCUUGACUGUAGUCUCAAAUGAAGAAUAAGAUAUAUAUAUUUGGAACUUUACUGUAGACCAUUUGUAACCAGCAUGCCUUUUUUUUCUGAUCAACUUGAUGGGAUUGUUUACUUAUUAUUUCUAGAUAACAGUAUUAAGCCUUUUUUGUACAGCUGAAAUGUAUGGACAAACUCAGAGGGAUUGGGUAAUGGAGAAUUAAAUUCCUGUAUAUGAAGUGUUAUGAACAGUUAAUUCAAUGUGGAUGGAUGUUACCUGGUCUCAUUGAUGUCCAUUACAAUGGCAUUCCCUCAUGUGCCUUAUCGUUGCUGGUUAGUAUAAGCCUGCUUAUGGAACUUUCAAUAGUAUUCUAUUGGUGCAUUAAAACAAUGCAAGAAAUACAAGAA